AUGGGAAGAAAAAUCUUCUUUAGUUUUUCACUUAUAUUUUUAUGUAUGGGAUUUUCACUGACCUUGGACCAGUUACUUGCCAGGGAGAAUGUAAGCUACAUUUCUCCAACAUCUUCAAAUAAAGAAGUGGUUAUGAACAAUGAUCAACAGAAUAAUGGAGGUAUGAAACCAGUGCAGGAUUUGACAACAAUACCAAUCACACAGAGUGACAUACUGAAGUGCAUUGUCUUGGGCUUCCUGGAAAUCUGCAAAGGUUUCAUAAGAUACAAAGAUUUAGACAAAGAACCUUGGAAUGCAUUCAGCCAUCAUAGCCCGGUUAAUGUCUCCGUGGAUGGAAUUCCCUGCAUUCUCUUUUGGGCCAAAAGAAUAACAAUUAAAUUUAAGAAUCAGACCUGGCUGGACCUUACAGAUGAAGCCAUUGGCCAGAAGGCAAUAGUGGGCGCUGGCAACUCAAAUUGCAGUGAAGGAAGUGCCACGUUGUCUCUGAAGUUUGGUGAUGCUGAAAAUCCCAGAGGUAUUGAUAUAAGAUUCACCCUUACCAGUUACAACAAGUUGUCCAUCCAGAGCUGGUUUAGUUUGCACUGAGUCGAGGUUAUUUUCAAUAAUUCAAUUCCAGCAACUUUUAAUGCAACUGGCAUAUUUGCUCUGUCAAGUUACUCCUACCACUGCCAACACGUCAGCAGCCUGCAGCGGUAUGAUGCCCUUUUGUUGCCCAGCGACACUAAUGAUAUGUCAAGCCUGUGGGAGGUCACUUUUGUUGAUUUCCAGAUCCAAGGCUUUCCAUUAAGCGGGGGACAGUUUGCCAAGGCCCGAGACUGCACCUCUUCCUUCUCACCAGCCAUUCCAGUCAGCCUGGCAAUGUCCCUGAUCCUGCUGCUGGUGUUGGCCUGUGCCCUGCACAUGCUCAUCUACCUGCGCUCUCUGGAUUGGCACUAUGAUUUCAUCGCCUCUCCGGCUCACUUCUGCCAGUUGAAAGCUUGAGAUGCAUCAGAAGAGAAGGAGCUGCUGAGGAGCCAGGGAGUCGAAUGCUAUGAACUGAGAAGCCAGCAGACCUGCAAAAUUUAUGCUUAACAGCACAGGUCCCUCUUCCUCAGGAAGUCCACGAUAGGCUCUGAAAGGAAGUGUUCCUGUUCUGUGCUGUUUGACUUGUGAUAUAAGAUUUUCACCAAAAGUCUUGAUUUUCUUUUUUUAAGGGAAAUACAUGCAAAGAAUACAUUUUGGAACAUCCACUGGCCUUCUUAGAUAGACUUGGAGCAAUGAUAAAGCUCCUGUGCCCUCGAUUCCAUCCCUCUUCCUGCUGAGGAUGUGCAUGUUCCCAAGACUGAGCCUGAUUUUCCAGUACAGCCCUCCUUCUUACGAGCUAAACAAAUGUCUCAGGAAGAUGUUGAAGGAGGAUCCCAGGAGAAGGUGGAGCAGCUGCAGGCCUGGGUGCUGCCCUGUGGCCAACAAGUCAGCUACUUCAGGAUGAUGGGCAUCAUGGGAAGACCAGUGAAUUCCAUGGGGAUGGGCCCAUUGGCUGCACUUCGUUUGCUGUGAAAUGCUUGGCUGGAAGCAAUGCUGUAUUAUACCAUGACGGUGGAUAAGGCAUUCUGUAAGGCCACAGACAAUGGCAGAAGCACUGUGGGCAGGGAAGAGAAAUCCAUGCCUAUGGUGGACCCAAUGUAACUGCCAAAGUUCUUAUAAGAGAAAGAGGGAGACAGGAGAGAGACAAUCAGAGAGUAGGAUGUGGAUGUGACAACGGAAGUGGAGGCUGGAGUGAUACAAGGAAGGAGCCAUGAACCAAAGAAUGCAGGUGGCCUUAAGAAGUGGAAAAGUAACUCAAACUCUAACCUGAGGGUUUUUAAAGAAUGGAUUUUGUAAUUUCAACAUUGUACCACUUUCUGAAAUAUUACUGAUUCUCAGCAAAUUUUCAGUUUGUAACUGCAAAAAAGAAGUAAAAGGAUUUUAGAGAAUUCUGAAGCCUCUUUGAAGCUAUUUUCUCAAAAAGGGAAGAUUUGAAAUAUAGCUGAAUGGGAAGGAAGAAUGCUACCACAGAGCCUUCUACAUCUAGCCAGUAGCCUGCAAGAGAAAGGAUUUAUUUUAUCUGGUUCAGUCUCUGACUAUUUGGGAGAAGGAGAUGAUAUAUAAACUCUUUAUGGCCUCCUGGCUCCCACAAGGGUUUUCAAUAGACUGGAGGGGCAGGGUCUCACUUACUCUGGAUCUGGAGUGUUCCUUGAAUGCAAAAGCUCAUACACUUGUAGGGACAAGAGUACAUUGCAUUUGUGGUGUCCAGAUGUAAUGCUCUAAUGAUGUAAACCACUAAUUUGUUCUGGAACUAUUGUUGCUGGAACUAUUAUUGUUAUCCGUUGAAGAAGACUUGGAAAAUGACUUCCAGUUUUAAAAAGUCCUGGAGGACUUUCCUGGUGGCACAGUGGUUAAGAAUCUGCCUGCCAAUGCAGGGGACACGGGUUCGAUCCCUGGUCCAGGAAGACCCCAUAUGCCGCGGAGCAACUAAGCCCAUGCACCACAACUACUGAGCCUGCGUUCUAGAGCCCAUGAGCCACAACUACUGAAGCCUGCGUGCCACAACUAUUGAAGCCCAUGCUCCGUAACAAGAGAAGCCACCCCAAUGAGAAGCCUGCGCACCACAACGAAGUGUAGCCCCCGCUCGCCGCAACUAGAGAAAGCCCGUGCGCAGCAAC